UUUGUGACUCACAAAAAACCCCAAAAAAUCCCAAUUUUUCUUCAUUUUGUUUCUCAUCAAUGGCUUCUUCAUCUUCUGCUCCGCAGAAUCGAGCUUCAGUUUCACCUGAACUUCCUCCACAACUCCCCCCUGUUCCAAUGUUUAAAAAUAAUUUGAUACAAUUUGCUUUGAAGUCAAACAUGAAACAUCCUGAGUUUUUUUCGCGCAACGAGGGAUCAAUCCAGGCACCUGCGUAUAGAUCAAGUGUGAUGGUGGAUGGGUUGGUUUUCACUUCGCAACUUACUUUCUUCCAUCGAAAAGCUGCUGAACAAGAAGUUGCUCGAUUCGCGCUGGAGUACCUUACCAAGAAGGUUAAAGACGAGGCAUACUCUAUUAUGAGCGAGGCAGUUACAUUUUGCAAGACCGUGCUGAAUGAGUAUGCUUCGAAGCUGAGUAUACAACUACCUACAUAUAAGUCUGUGGAGUACAAAGAGGUGAUUCCAUAUUUUGUAUGUACUUUGGAUUUGAAUGGUACAAGUUACACUGGAGAUGCAGCUAGAAGAAAAAAAGAUGCAGUGGAAUUAGCAGCUCGUGCCGCUAUUCUUUCAAUCCUCGGUAACUCUAACUCGGGGGUUUUGCUUGCUCAGAUAAUCAAGACAAAAGCUAAACUCUUUGAUUCCACCAAACCAAAGGCCUUGCAACCUACAUGUGAUAGUGUACUUGUCUUACCCGAGGAAUCUUCUGAACGUUCUUCUUUGCUUCUUCAGCUAUUUGGUGCUAAAGACAAGGAUGUUGCUGAUCCUGUCGGUAAUGAUAAUACCUUGCAACAUACUAGGGAUAGUGUAAUUGUCUCACCCAUGGGAAAUUCUGCACAUUCUGGUGGGCAUAUUCAGGUACUCGAUGAUAAAGACAAGGAAACAGAUGUUGCUAAUCCUGUGGGUGAUAGUACCUUGCAACCUACUCGGGAUAGUGUAAUUGUCUCACCCAUGGGAUAUUCUGCACAUUCUGGUGGGCAUCUUCAGCUAUUGGAUGAUAAAGAGAAGGACAAGGGUGUUGCUGAUCCUGUGGGUAAUGAUAAUACUUUGCAAGCUACUCGUGAUAGUGUAAUUGUCUCACCCAUGGAAAAUUCUGCACAUUCUGGUGGGCAUCUUCAGCUAUUCGGUGCUAAAGGCAAGGUGGUUACUGAUCCUAUGGGUAAUGAUAAUAUUAAUGAGAUUGAAAUGGCAUGUCCUGAGUCUGGCCCAAUUAUUUCCACAUCUCAACAGCCUGAGAUGCAAACACAUGAACCAACACCUGAAGCUGCAAAGUCUUCAAAUGAGCCUGAGCAACCAAGUGUUGCACUUCCUAUUGAUACUGGUGUGAGUGUAAAAAGGCGUCGAAGGCUAAAAUACAAGGCUAACAAGAAGGCAAGGAUGGAAGCUGAGUUAAAAGCUUUGAAUGGUAGUUCUUGUGUGGCACAGUAGCAAUUUGGGAAGUGUGGUGGAAAGCUUUGAAUGAUAGUUCUUAUAUGUUGUUAAAAAUGUAGGAUUAAAUUUCUUGUUGAGUGACCGGAAAAAACUUAGUAAUGUGUUUGGUGUUUCAACUGAUUUACUCUUGCUGGUAUUAGUUAAUGACUUCCUAGUCUUGUUUGCUAAGUAGUAAAUGUGUAACAGUUUGGAUGUUGGAUCUUAGGCUAUGUUGUAACAAGUUUAUUUUCAAGUUUUUCCUAGUUGUGGUGAAUUGGUGUUUGUGUUACUGCUUAUUGUUGUUAAAGUGCAGCUGAAAAGUUUAAUAUUGUGAGAAGAGUUGAGCAAACUCAUUCUAUAUAA